AUGUCAACCAGGCAAGCAGACUUCAACAAGAUAGACAAACAGAUGUCAACCAGGCGGACAAACAGAAAUCCACAAGACGGAGAAGAAGAUUUCAAUCACAUAGACAAGCAGAAGGGCAAGCAGACGGCUCAACAGAAGCAGACUCAGAAACAAACGGAAGUAGACUCAGAAGUAGACUCGGAAGUACACACGGAGGUAGACAUAGAAGUAGACACAGAAGUAGACACAGAAGUAGACUCGGAAGUACACACGGAAGUAGACAUAGAAGUAGACACAGAAGUAGACACAGAAGUAGACUCGGAAGUGCACACGGAAGUAGACACAGAAGGAGACUCGGAAGUACACACGGAAGUAGACACAGAAGUAGACUCAGAAGUAGACACAGAAGUAGACACAGAGGUUGACACAGAAGGAGACACAGAAGGAGACUCGGAAGUACACACGGAAGUAGACACAGAAGGAGACUCGGAAGUACACACGGAAGUAGACACAGAAGUAGACACAGAAGUAGACACAGAAGUAGACUCGGAAGUACACACGGAAGUAGACAUAGAAGUAGACACAGAAGUAGACACAGAAGUAGACUCGGAAGUACACAUGGAAGUAGACACAGAAGGAGACUCGGAAGUACACACGGAAGUAGACACAGAAGUAGACACAGAAGUAGACACAGAAGUAGACACAGAGGUUGACACAGAAGGAGACACAGAAGGAGACUCGGAAGUACACACGGAAGUAGACACAGAAGGAGACUCGGAAGUACACACGGAAGUAGACACAGAAGUAGACACAGAAGUAGACACAGAAGUAGACUCGGAAGUACACAAUGAAGUAGGCUCAGAAGUAGACACAGAAGUAGACUCAGAAGUAGACUCGGAAGUACACACGGAAGUAGGCUCAGAAGUAGACUCAGAAGUGGACUCGGAAGUACACACAGAAGUAGACUCAGAAGUAGACUCGGAAGUACACACGGAAGUAGACACAGAAGUAGACACAGCAGGAGACUCAGAAGUAGACUCGGAAGUACACACGGAAGUAGACACAGAGGUAGACACAGAAGGAGACUCAGAAGUAGACUCGGAAGUACACACGGAAGUAGACACAGAAGUAGACACAGAAGGAGACUCGGAAGUACACACGGGAGUGGGCAUAGAUGUACAAACAGGCGUAGACACAGAAGUAGACUCGCACAAAGACGAGCAUAGAGCGUUGUUUCCUAAACGGGUGCACGUGAGGGUGCAUAAUGUAUACACGGUGCUUGGAUUAUUUGAUCGGAUAAAUAAUAUUCUGAAACUCUGA